CACGCAGUUGUUCAGUAUUGCGCCAACAGUCGCGCUGUGAACGUGCGUGUGGGAUGUCGUUUGUCCUCUUGAUGCGCCUAGUGUUGCUUUUUAUCAGUUAAUCGAACGCGGCAAAUCGAUUAAACUCUUGUCACACGUGUCAAGAAAUGUCUACGUUGCGAUAUCCAAGUUACACCAAAAACUCGAGACUAAGUUUGGAAAAGGGGGAAAUGUAAGGGGAAUCGUUAAAUUUUCCAUCCCCCGGUUAUCGUUCCUCGAAUUCGAAUCGUGCAAAGACACGGUCAUAGACGAGUGUGUAGUUUUAUGUAAUGUGUGACCUAGAAAAAGCACUACUGACCGGUUCUGGAGCGAUUAGAUAAGAGGGGAAUACAGAAAAGCUGGAAUUGUACGGUGAUGUAUGAAAUAUCGCGAAACGGCCACUGGGAAAUCUGACGUUUCAUUGAUACGUAUAUACAGGCCUCUAUUAUGCGAUGUACAUUCCAUUUGCACGAGGUGAAUAAAGCGAGAAGUGUAUAAAUACUAAUAUAUAUAUAUAUAUAUAUAUAUAACGGAUAUAUAUACAUAUAUAUAUAACGGUUUCACGCGCGUAAACGCGGUACAAUGUGUUUUUAACCGUUUGAUGGGAUUCCUCGAGCAAAGCUAAAUUGUGGAGUUUCGUUUCUACGUGAUGAAGAGGAGAAAAUCAGGAUGUUGAGGUUUGGAUCCAUACUGAGCGUGUUGGUCUUUCUGACCAUCGCGAAAAUCGUGAUCUCAAAUCGAUGUCUGACCAUGCUCGAAGAUGUGAAUCCAAAGAGGGUAAUCCAAUUGGACGGGCAACCAUUGAACAUAAAUUUCGAGGUGUCACGUAGAGUGACUCAGAGGCUGGCUACUAUAAUCAUGAAAAUAUUCUUGACAGAGGUGCUCGGUUAUUCGAAAGUGUUUAUCUAUGAAGUGGAGGAUGCGUUCAACGUGGAGAAAACUUUCAGUAGAUUGUCCGACGACAUAAUGUUUAACAAUAACGGAAAACUUCCAAUGGUGAAUAUGGAGGUGUGGAUCCCGCCACAGCUAGACACUAUGCCACUGUUAAAUUCGCAUGACGCGAAAGAAUGCGGAUCCAUCGCUCCUCCGGGCCAUUUCGGUUGGUUCGUUCCGAUUGCGUUAUCCAGGCGCGACGACAGUUGGAUAAUCUUCACGGAGCUUGAAAAAGCUUCCCGCUUCGAAAUGGACGAAUCCACGUUGGAGAACAUUCGGAAUUUUACCAUAGACCCGAAAACCAAAACCUAUUACUGCCAGGAAUCGUAUUGCCAACAGGGAAUGUACAUUCCGGAAUGGUGCCAAGGGAAACCGUGCGCUUUAUUGUUGACCAGUUACAUCGAUGUUACCAAUUUUGUCAAGGAUCACAUAGAUCAAAUGAAACUGUACGUGAAAGUAAUCUGGUUCGGAUCGAAUUUGAAACACGUGAUCAAACUUGCCGAGAAGCUGAUGUUUGAUCGAAAUUCGUCUACUUCGACCGAUAGAUCGUUGGUAUUUCUGCAUUGGACUCCCAGCACCGUGAUACCGAACGAGAGGGAAUUCGUCAGCAUCGAUUUCCCCCGAUGCAGCGCCACGAGCUCGGACAUCGGUUGCAAAUACGAAUCCAAUAGAUUGACCAAACUUGUCUGGGCUAAGCUCGAAUACGCCGCCAAGUUAGCCUACGAAGCGAUUAAUCACGCGAAAUUCACCCGCGAGAUGUACGAGGAUCUAAUCAACCGGCGCAACAACGAUUUAUCCAGAAACGAGGAAGAAAUCGCGUGCGACUGGUUGAGAGAGAAUCUCAACUACACUCUCGAUUUAUGGAUGCCGAAUACCAUCGACAAGAACAUUCUUUUCGUGGGUGGGAUAUUUCCUAUGAGCGAGACGUUUUAUUCGGGGAAAGCGAUACUGAUCGCGGCCAUGAUGGCAAAGGAGGCGAUCAACGUGAACAAUACCAUCCUCAGAGAUUACAAUUUCACCCUGUUGGUGAAUGACGGCCAAUGUAAAUCGGAUAUGGUGAUGAGAUCGUUCAUCGAUUACAUAGUGCACAAUCAAUACGAGAAGCUCGUCGGCGUUUUGGGACCAGCUUGUUCCGAGACCGUGGAGCCUUUGGUCGGUGUUUCGAAGCAUUAUAAGACAGUGGUCAUUAGUUACAGCGCCGAAGGAUCCAGCUUUAACGAUCGCACUAAAUAUCCUUACUUCUUUCGGACUAUUGGUGAGAACAAGCAGUACAAACACGUUUAUUUGCAAUUGUUGAAGAAACUGGGAUGGAAGAGGGUGGCUUCGUUGACGGAGGAUGGACAGAAAUACACCGAGUACAUAUCUUACAUGCAAGAUUUCUUCAGAGACAAUGGAAUCGUGUUCGUGGCGAAUGCAAAGUUUCCAAGGGAACGGGAACCCAUUGUGAUGACUAAGUACUUGCAAGAUUUCAAGCAGAAGAAGGCAAAAAUUAUCAUCGCUGAUGUAUACGAUCAAGCAGCCCGGCAAGUGAUGUGCAACGCGUACAAAUUAGAAAUGACAGCGGUUCAGGGUUACGUGUGGUUCUUACCUCUUUGGCUUCGACCAGAAUGGUACGAUACGGAUCGAUACAAUCAGAAAGGAGAACAGGUUCCAUGUACCACGGCAGAAAUGAGUAAAGCGAUAAACGGAUAUCUCGCUUUAUCUCACGCGUACUUUGCACCGGAUAACGACAUCAUGCAAGAAGGGAUAACGGUGCGUCAAUGGCGCGAUCGUUACGAGCUUCAUUGCCAGAAGAAGAAGCAACCACCGUCUAAUUACGCUGGUUACGCGUAUGACGCUAUGUGGACUUACGCCUAUGCGAUGGACAGGCUGUUUCGUGAAAAUCAGAGUUACGUUUUCGAUCUGCACAGCAAUCAUACCAUUAAUCGAUUAACGGACAUCAUCGGUGAAAUGGAUUUUUACGGGGUGUCUGGGAGAAUAAAAUUCUUUGGUGGUCCUUCGAGAUAUUCCGUUAUCAAUAUCGUUCAGCAUAUUAAUAACGAAACUCGAUUGGUCGGUAAUUUUUACCCUAACGUGUCAGAAAAACAGCACGAAGUGGCGGGUGGUAAAUUGGAUUUGAACGUCUCUUCUUUGGUCUGGCUAUCGAAAACCAUGCCAGACGAUGGCUCCGAACCACCCCAACGAUGUGUCAUCGGUGGAUUUGCAGAUUUCAUGAACGUGUCUUGCGAAGUAGCUUUCGUGAUCGUCAAUAUCUUUGGUUUUAGUUUACUGGGGAUAUUUUUGAUCAUUGGCUUCAUCAUCAUGAAACGAAGAUACGAAAGAAAAGUACGCGAACAGAGAGAGUAUUUGAAGUCUAUGGGUAUAUCCUAUGCUUGUGACGACUCGUCUGAUCUGGACAAAUGGGAGAUACCCCGACACAGGGUGGUUAUUAACCGAAAAUUAGGGGAGGGUGCUUUUGGAACGGUUUACGGUGGUGAGGCGUUCUUCCCUGAAAAGGGUUGGCUAGCCGUGGCCGUGAAAACUCUGAAAAUCGGAAGUUCCACCGAGGAAAAAUUAGACUUUCUAAGCGAGGUGGAAGUGAUGAAACAAUUCGAGCACAAGAAUAUAAUCAAACUGUUAGGCGUGUGUAUCAAGAGUGAACCAGUCUUAACUGUGAUGGAAUUCAUGCUUUAUGGCGAUCUGAAGACGUACCUUCUCGCCAGAAGACAUCUCGUGAACGACAAUAGUUACGAAGAUUCGGAUGAGAUUUCUAAUAGAAAGUUAACCGCAAUGGCGUUAGAUGUAGCUAGGGCGCUCAGCUAUUUGGCUCAGUCAAAAUAUGUUCAUAGGGAUAUUGCCUCGCGUAAUUGUCUGGUGAACGCGCAACGUGUAGUGAAGCUUGGAGAUUUUGGUAUGACGAGGUUGAUGUACGAGAACGAUUACUACAAGUUCAAUCGAAGAGGUAUGCUACCUGUAAGAUGGGAGGCGCCAAAUUUGGGAGAAGUCAACUCAUUCGAGGAUCCUCGUAAGAUAGAUCGGCCAAUCUUCUCCUUAUUUCGAAACGAUCGUUAUCGCGGCCGAUCCGUCGAAAGAUCGCCGAAGACAAAAGAAAUUUCCAAGAUACCCCACGGCGGUGGAUCGUUACACGAUCGGUUUGAAACAGUGCCUCCACGGUUUUCGCACCUGGCCGACAGGUACGAGCUAGCUGGAAGCCCGAUUAAAUAUUGAUUUUAGCUAGAAGGG